UUUUUCUUUCUCCCACACGCCUUUUUGCCCUUUUCUCUAAACCCUUGUUCCUCCUAAUUUCAGAUUUUAUAAACCCUAUUCCUUUCCACCGAUUCCUCCCGCCCCAUCUUCCCUCGCCGCACCGUGAAAGCAAAAUUCCAAGAGAGAGCGCGUCCCUUUCUCUCUGUCUGUCGAAUUUCGUCCUCGGCCGCCAGUACUCGCUAUUGCAGUUGCAGCAGCAGGGAGGAGAAUUAACGGCGGCCGCCUGCUGUUUCCCGCCAGUACUCCCUUAAUUACUGUGUCCGCAAUUUGCUUGUCAUAACUGUGGGUUUGGUGCAUGAACUUCAGUUUGCCUGCUUGUAAGGUAUCCGCAUCAGCACUGUGCAGUCUUCCAAGGCUACUGAAUAGCGGGCUUGUCAGUUGGAGUUGGAGAAAGGAACACAUAGCAGAGUCCGAAAUGGAAAUCGAUUUAGGAGAAAUGCCGUUUAAUAUGGCCUUUCAUCCUUCCGAUCACUUGGUCGCUGCUGCCCUAAUCACUGGAGACCUUCACCUAUAUCGUUAUGGUGCUGACUCCACUUCACAGAAGUUGCUUGAAGUGAAGGCGCACUCUGAAUCUUGCAGAGCUGUUCGAUUCAUCAAUGGUGGACAGGCAAUCAUUACUGGGUCUAAGGACCGAUCUAUCUUGGCGACAGAUAUAGAAACUGGAACUGCAAUUGCCCGUCUAGAAGAUGCUCAUGAGGAUGCCAUCUAUAGUUUGAUCAACGUCACGGAAUCAACUAUUGCAACUGGAGAUGACCAAGGCUGCAUGAAGGUAUGGGACACUCGGCAACGCACUUGCUGCAACUCUUUUACUGCUCACGAGGACUAUGUUUCAGAUAUGACUUAUGUACCUGAUUCAGGGAAACUGCUGGGAACAAGCGGAGACGGGACUCUUUCUGUUUGCAACCUUAGAAGUAACAAGGUCCAAACCCGCUCUGAAUUCUCAGAAGAAGAGCUGUUAUCUGUGGUUAUAAUGAAGAAUGGUCGGAAGGUUAUUUGUGGCUCACAAGAUGGGACGCUAUUAUUAUAUUCCUGGGGUUUCUUCAAGGAUUGCAGUGAUCGGUUUGUUGGUCUAGCUCCAAAUUCCAUUGAUUGUUUAUUGAAGCUGGAUGAAGAUAGAGUCAUUGCUGGAUGCGAGAAUGGACUUAUCAGUGUGGUUGGUAUAUUGCCCAAUAGAGUCAUCCAGCCACUUGCUGAGCACUCGGAGUACCCUAUUGAGCGACUUGGGUUUUCUCACGACAGAAAGUUCCUUGGCAGUAUUUCACACGAUCAAAUGCUGAAGUUCUGGGAUAUGGACGAGUUAUUGCAAAGUGAUGACGCUAAUAAUACUCAAGAGGAUCAAGGUGAUGCGUCCGAAGAUGAUGAUGGUGAGGGGAUGGAUGUGGAUAUGAAUCCUCCGAAGUCCAAGAAAGGGACCAAGAGGAAAAAUGUGCAAAAUGGUAGUAGCAGUGGCAAUACAAGUGCCGCCUUCUUCUCUGACAUGUAGAAUCCUUAACGAACAUAGUCUGUAUCUCUGUUAGUGAGUUGUGGAGAACUUAGGGGACCAAAGUAUUUCUUAUGGUUUAAGAUUUAUAUGGAUUGCUGUGUGAUGUAAAAAUCUGCCUUUUAUUUUCCCUUUUGCCCUACAAUCCGUUCUAUUUUACUUCAAAGUUAACGGAAUAUACUUGAUGACUUAAUUCCAUUGGCAAUCGAUAAAAGAUUGAACACAGUUGUAAUAGGCAAAUUACCACAAUGACGCUAGGCACUUGAACGGACAUUGUCAUUACCAAAGUGGUGAACGAAGUGUGAUAGCAAUUUCGCCGGUCAAUUUUGAUCUAUG